AUGUUACUGAUGGUCUUUUUCCUCACCAUACAUAUUAUAUCUGUAUCAAGUGAAGAAAUUUUUAAAUACGUCGUUGAAGAAAAAUCUCCAAUAAAUACUUUUAUUGUUGAUUUAUCAAAUGACUUAGAAAUAAAAACAUUAGCAUCAUAUUCAUUAUUUGAGCUAAUACCAAUAAAUAAAAAUCUAUUUUCAAUCAAUAAUCAAACUGGUUAUUUAACAACAUUAUCAAUUCUUGAUCGUGAACAAAUGUGUUUAAAUCAACAAUGUUCAUGUAAUUCAUGUGAAAUAUUCUAUCAACUUAUUAUUAAUAUUCAACAAACAACUAUUUAUAAAAUAAUUGAAAUUAAAAUUCAAGACCGAAAUGAUCAUUCACCUAUAUUUGAUAAUGAAUCAAUGAUACAUAUUAUACAUAUUAAAGAACAUGUACCUUUAGGCUAUAGAAUUGUAUUACCAAUUGCAAAUGAUCCUGAUGAAGGAUCAAAUAGUGUUCAAUCAUAUACCCUUGAUGGAGCGAACUCGGAUGAUUUUUAUGUAGAUUAUACUUCGAUUGACAUACCGUAUUUAGUUGUACGCUCAUUACUUGAUCGUCAACAUAUAUCAUCAUAUUUGUUAACGUUAACUGCGUCAGAUGAUGGACAACAACCUAAACCACGUACUGGUUCAAUUCAACUUGAUAUACGUAUAAUAAAUGAUUCAAUUCCAAUAUUUCUUCAAUCUGUUUAUAGCAUUGAUGUUCGUGAAGAUACUUCAGUUGGUACAAGUUUAAUAAAAAUUGAAGCAAUUAGUGAUAAUAAUGCAAAGAUCUUUUAUGAACUUUUAACUGAAUCACCAUUUAUAAUUGAUCGUUUAACGGGAAGUAUUCAAUUAAAAAAAUUAUUAGAUUAUGAAAGAGAAAAAUCAUAUCGAUUAACAGUAAAAGCCUAUAACAAGUUCAUACCUAUUUAUGCAAUAAUAUUUAUUCGUAUUAUCGACAUUAAUGACAAUCCUGUUUUAAUUCAUAUGAAAAUUGAAGAAAAUAGAACAUUAAAACAAACACAAAAUGAUAAAAAUAUUUUUUCGAUUCCUGAAGAUACAUUAGUUGGUACAACAUUAGCACAUGUUAUUCUCAAUGAUCUUGAUUCAUUUGCUAAUGGAAAUCCAUAUUUACAAUUAACAACAAUUCAACCUCCAUUACCUUUAAUAUAUAAAUUAAUCUAUCAAAAUAAUUUUCAAAAUACUAAACUUUAUUCUUUAAUUCUUCACACAAAUAUUGAUCGUGAAUCAAAAUCAAUCUAUGAUAAUAUUCAGUUAAUCGCUCAUGAUUCUGGUACACCAACAUUACAUACAAGAUCAUUAAUAUUAUUAAAUAUAACCGAUAUAAAUGAUUGUAUUCCACAGAUUGUAACAAAUUCAAUAAUAUAUAAUAUCAAUGAAAAUAAUCCCAUUGGUCUUAUAAUCGAUACAUUAAAUGCCUAUGAUUGUGAUAUAGGUAUAAAUGCUGAAUUUGAAUAUCAUUUAUUAAAUAAAACAGAUUUGUUAAUAAUCAAUUCUGAAACAGGACAAAUAAGUUUAAGUCAAUCAAUUGAUUUUGAAAAAUUUCAUCAAGAAAAAAAUUCUACAACAAUUGAUUUAGAAUUUUAUAUUCAAGUUCGAGAUCAUGGACAAUUAUCAUUAUCAAGUCAAACAAAAAUAAUACUUCGAAUUCUUGAUUUAAAUGAUCAUUCACCAGAAUUCGAUCGAAAUCAAUCAUAUAAUUGGACAUUUUCAAAAUCUAUAUUACAACCGAAUACAAUUCUUGGUCGAAUAUUUGCUUAUGAUUAUGAUUCUGGUUUGCAAGGUAUUAUACAUUAUUCAAUAUGUUCAUUUGAUUCAUGUUUAAUAUUGAAUAUAACAUCACUUGGUUAUAUUUAUAUUCAAUCAAAAACAUCUUGUUCAUUUUUGUCUUAUACAUUUGAAAUAACAGCAAGCGAUUAUGGUUUUCCAAAUUUUCGUUCAACAAAAAAAUUAUUAACUAUUAAUAUAGAUUCAAAUCAAUUAACAAUUAACUCAUUACCAAAACGUUUACCAUUACCAAUGCAACGAACAACUGUUGAUAUAAAUUCUAUUGGUAAUAUUUCAUUUAUCAUUGAUAUAACAAAUAAUCAUUCUAUACAACCAAAAAUUUAUUUAAAUAAUACAGAUUUAUUUACAUGUUGGAAUAUAAGUUCAACAGGUGAACUUCGUCUUAUAUCAAAACCUUAUACAUCAUCAUAUAUAUUAUUUUUUAAUAUUAUUGAUGAAUAUAGAGAAGAAAAUUUUUUAAUAAAACUUCAAAUUGAUAUAUGUAAUAGUUCAAUAAAAAAUUCAUGUAAACAAUUAAUAUAUUAUGAAAAUCAAAAAGUAAAUCAAAUAUUACUUUUUUGGGCAAUUUGUUUAGCUAUAAUAAUAACAUGUAUAUGUGUAUUUAUAUUUUCAAUAAUAACUUGUUUUUAUUGUCGAAAACAACCGAAACAUAAGAAAUUAUUUAAAAACCAACAAAAGUUUUUACAAUGUAAUGAUGAUUUUCAAAGUGAAAAGACUUUUAAAACUUCAUCUGGUUCAACAAUUCGUGAAGAUGAUCGAGAUUCAGCUUGUAUUAUCAAUACAAAUUCAUCAUCAUUAUCAUCUAGUGUCGUACCAAUACAAAUAAAUUCAUGGUAUAAUAAUCAAUAUGAUUCAUCAGAUGUUCAAAAUUAUCAACCUUCAACUUAUUUUUAUGAUCUUAAAUUAGCUGAAUUGAUACGUAAUAAUCAAUGUCCACCGUGUGUAUAUUUAAAUUCUCAACCAUGUCAAUCAUUAAGUACGGAUUAUGGCUUUGCUAGUUCAAAUGCAUCUCCAUCGUCAAUUUCUUAUUCGUCAACAAAAUUAAAUCAAUCAAAUAUUAACUCAUUAGAAUGGAGUAUUGAAAUGGAUGUUGAUCAAUUGCCACAACAACAGACGAAUAAAAAAAGUUUUAUUUCAGCUCAUGAAUGUGUUGUUUAA